AUGGGCCUAUUCUCCUCAAAGCCUUGGAACUACUUUUUCCGUGACUUGGAAUGCCGGGCUCUCAUUUUGGGGCUGGAUGGCGCCGGAAAAACGACGAUUCUCUAUCAGCUCAGGCUCAAGAAGUUCAUCGCCGCGACCCCAACCAUUGGUUUGUUGUUAUUUCUCCCAGAAAACUUGUUGGUUACGAGAAUCGAGUGAAAUUUUGUAUUGAAUUUCAGUUUUUUUUUAAUUCUUCACGAUAAGUUUUGUCUACUUGAAAAUUGAUUGUAUCAGUCACCCCUAUAGUGCACUACUCAGUUAUUUAUCACUAUUGCUUGGUUCUAUUUUUGAAAAUAUUUACUGUGUGUUCAAAGUUUUUCGCUGAUAUCCAAAAUUUAGUUCUUCACUCUGACGGUUUUUUUAAAGUUGUCUGUGUGCCUCGACUUGAAAUUUCACCGAACGACAUUCCGCAGUUCCGCUGCGUGCGUUCGCGAAGCGUUUUUCGAAUCUAGGUCACGCUUUCAAUUGAUUGUGAUUGCUGUGGGAGCACAUGAAAAUAGAGUAGCUUAAUAAAUGAAAAAAAAAAAUUUAAAGCGCGACCAAAGUUCGCAAAGGCGCGCAGCGGGACAGCGGAAUGUCGUUCGGUGGCAGACAAACUAUGAUACUUAUUUCGUUAAGCCUUGACAUAUUCAACAUUUGGAGUUAUGAAAACCACUUCAAUUCAAUCCAGGAUUCAACGUGGAAACGGUAAAUCAUAAAAAUAUCUCAAUGAGUGUCUGGGACAUUGGACGGGAACAUCUGCGCACUUUACGGAAACACUAUUUUCCCAGCACUGACGUUUGUUCAUAUCCUCAAAAAAUGUAGAAUUUUGAGUUUGCCAGGCUAUGAUCUUCGUCGUCGACAGCAGCGAGCGGCUUAAUGAGGCUAGAGAAGAAUUAUGGGAUUUGCUAAGGGAUCCAGAUUUACAAAGUUGGCUUUUUUUUUCUUGAAGUGACAUCUCUUAUGCUCAAGUUCUAUGUUGAAAAAAGUCGAUUCAUUAUUUUUAACAAUAAACUUUUUGUAAUUUCCUGAAGACCACCACUUUUCUAACCGGAACCUAUUCCAGAACCGGUUCUUCUUGUGCUGGCGAAUAAGCAAGACCUUCCACGAGCAAUGGAAACUUGUCAAGUAACAGAAGCACUCGAGUUAGACAAAAUAGAAGGUCGUGAGGUAAGGACCUUGGCUCAGUGGUAGAGUGCUAGGCUAUCACCAAACUGGUCAUGGGAUCGGAUCUCGAGUUAUGAAUAAUAUGAAUUUUCUUUUUUUCUUGAGGCCUUUUUAGACCCUUGCCCCAUUUUUCGAGUUUACAGGUUUUUAAGUCCUUUUGCAGUGGAAUGUUAUCGGCACCAACGGCCUGACCGGCGACGGACGCAACAAAGGCCUCGAAUGGCUCAGCGAGAAACUCAACCAGAAAAAAUAA